UAUAAGAAACGUCCGGCGUGAAAUCAACGCCUGAAAGAAAGAACGAAAAAAAAAAAAAAAGUUAAGAAAGCGUACAAGCGACGUGGGGAAAUCACGAAAUCAUCACCUAUAUAAACUGAAAGCAGAGAGAGAGAUCCCUCUUCAUCUCAUCCCUUUACAGAGUCUCUCUACAAACCCUAAAGCUUGAUUUCAGUUUCUCAGAAUCCGAAUCGUUACCAAAUUUGAAGAUCGAGAAACAAGUAUGAGGAUUGACGUUUCUGAGCCAGUGCUAUGCGGUUGCGACACGUGUGUCCAGCAUCGGACUUUAUGCAUGUCCAAUACUCAAGAAACCGAACCGAGCAAUGUGAUUGUCUCAUCCGUUACUCCAGUUCCUGUUAGUUCCGGACCAGUGCAAGCUCUUGGUUCCACGUCAGACCAAAGUUCCGAAACAGAGACUCCACUCGCUCCUCCUCCUGUCACCACACCGGUUAAUCCUGAACCAGCGCAGUGUGAUGACUCUACCAUCUCCAAGUCCCCACCUGCUGUUACACCGGUUAGUUCCGAACCAGCACAAGCUUCCGGUUCAACGCAAGGCACUGCUUUUGGUUUUGGUGCAUUUGCUGCUCGCAAAUCAUCUUUCUUCGGUGCAUCUUCCACUUCCGAAGUUAACGGUUCUUCACCAUUCAGUUUCGCACCUCCUGUUACAUCGGUUAGUUCUGCACCAGUGCAAGCUCUAGGCACAACCACUACAUCCACCACUGCUCCAUCCUCAACUUCAUCUCCUCCAGUUCACAGUUCUUCUUCACCAACCACAUUCCAGUUUGCUCCUGCUUUUACAUCAGUUGCUCCUUCCGGACCAUCUACAUUAGGGCCAAUGCAAGCUCCUACUUUUGCCAGACCUGAUGUUGGUGUCUCUCCACCAAAAAAUCCAUUCGGAAGCUAUCUGCAUCCAGCGUUUGGUGGUAGACAUCCCUCUAACCUUUUUGGACCAAACCCACAAACUACUAUACCAGUGUCUGGUCGUAGUCCAUCUUGGACUGGUGUAGAAACUGAACAAGGUAGUAGGUAUCCUCGUUAUGCACCUACACCAGAUUUUGACUCUUCUGGAGGUCCAGCCAAGCUGGUGAUGUCCAUAUCUGCUUCCAACUCACAUGGACAUAAAAGUCAUGAAGAACUGAGGUGGGAAGAUUACAAAAAGGGAGACAAAGGUGGGUUUGGCUGGUUUCCUGCUGCUCAUACAUCUCCCUUUUCCUCACCAACGGUAUCACCGUCGUUAUUUGCUUCUCCAAGCAUACCUCAUCGUCGUCCUCAGAUGAGAACUGUUGUUCAACCGCACGGAGACAUGACUUGUUUUCCUUUUGGCUACACCUUCCCCACUUCUGUUCAGAGACCCCAUGAACCCGCUGCUGUUUCUUCCCCAGCAUUUGGAUGCACAGCGUGUGGAGCCACGAGUAGCUCCUCUCCUUCUGGUCACGUGGGCUUGAACGGUACCUCCACAAAUCCUCCAUCAGCUGCGGCAUCUCUUCCCGGGUUGUUCUUUCCUACCUAUGGUUCUUGUCCUUUGCUGUUUGGCACACCAAAUCUUGCUGCUUAUGGUGCAACAACAGCUCCAACGGUCCAAGCCUAUGCUGUGAUAUUUGGUACAAAUUUUACUCCUCAAGGUGCAACAACAACUCCAGCAGUUCAGCUCUAUCCUAUGAUGUUUGGAACACCAAAUCUCACUGCUCAAGGUUCAGCAACAGCUCCAGCAGUUCAAGCCUAUCCUAUGAUGUUUGGGACACACAAUCUUGCUGCUCAAGGUACAACAGCAACUCCAGUAGUUCAGCCCUAUCCGAUGAUUUUUGGAACACCAAAUCUAUCUGCUCAAGGUUCAGCAACAGCUCCAGCAGUUCAGCCAUAUCCUACGAUGUUUGGAACACCAAAUCUGGGAGCUCAAGGUACAACAGCAACUCCAGCAGCUCAGCCCUAUCCUACGAUGUUUGGUGUUACUCAAGCUACAACAACUCCAGCAGCUCAGCCUUAUCCUAUGAUGUUUGGGACACCUAAUCUUGGAGCUCAAGGUAUAAUAACUCCAGCAGCUCAAGCCUAUCCUCCCGUUCAUGGUUUAAGUGUUCCAUUCGCGGCCAUGAGUCUGCAAUAAUUGCUCCUCGCUCUGCAUCAAAGUUGUGUCUUUUAUCUUGUAGUUCUUAUGUCUUUGUUUUUUUUUCCUUUUAAACCAAGUCUCGUCCCAACUUUAUGAUUUUCAGCUAAUCAUGGAUGUAAACAAGUCUCGUCAAACAUCGUUAUUUUGAGUUUAUCAAUAAAAAACUCUUUUUCUUUCUA